AUGGUGGUCGUCAGGUCUCUUCUGGUGAUGCUCCUAUCCCUCUCGGCAGCAGUCCAAUCCGCCAAGCUGAACGAAGACGAGCUCCGUUCGACAAUCAAGCGAGCCAUGGAACGAUGCGGGGUCCCCGGGAUGGGUAUUGCGGUCUUCCACAAUAACAAGGUCGUCUUUGCUGAUGGGUUUGGAAAACGUAACACAAAGGAUCCUUACACUCUACAGACCGUCCAACCCAUUGGAUCGUUGACAAAGUCGUUCACGGCUACGGCUGUAGGCCAAUUAGUCGCGGAGGGUAAAGUGGAUUGGGAUACCACGCCUGUCAGCAAGUACAUGCCUGAUUUCCAGCUCAAGGAUCCCAUUCUCACCUCGCAGCUCACCUUUGUCGACAUGUUGUCCCACCAUACAACCUUUCCAAACAACAUGAUCAACUGGUACAACACCAAAGACUCCCGCCGCGACAUGGUUAAGCGCCUUCGCUACGUUGACGACAUCCCCCGGAAGCAACCCACCACCACCAAUUACAACAAUGUCAUUUAUGCCGUCGCCGGAGAAGCUGCCGCCCACGUUGCCGGAACAUCAUACGAAACCCUCGUUAUGGACAAAGUCAUGCGACCCCUGGGUCUCAACAAUACCGGCUUUUCGCAGAAAACCAUGAAACGCCUCCACUCUGACAACUAUGCCCUCCCUCAUGAAGGCCUCUCCUACGAGGCUGCCGAGAAGGGAGAGUUCAAGGUCUUGCCGUUGAACGAGAUCUAUAUGUCCUACGCACCUGCCGGGGACGCGUAUUCGAAUGUGUUGGAUUUGGUGAAGUGGGGCAAGGCAGUGAUGGAUUUGGGGGUUCAGGAUGGGAAGCAGGUGUUGAAUGGGACUUCGGUCGGCGAGACUUUGACAGCGCAUACCAUAACAUAUGGAGGUCGACGUGAUGGGUAUGGGGCUACUUUGGCCUAUGGAUUGGGAUGGUUGCUGGAUUCGUACAAGGGUCACGUCUUCUACCGUCACAACGGGGCGGUGUCAGGAUACACUGCGGAUCUGUUCAUGUUCCCCGACGACGACCUGAUCAUCGCCACCACCUCCAACAUUGCCAAGGUCACCCAAAUCUCAGACUACCUCCCCAUCGAAAUCGCCAGCGUCCUACUCGACUUGCCCAUCAACAAAACCUCUGACUGGAUCGAAGAGGUGGCCGUCCCCGAGAUCAAGGCAUACUACAGUGCCGUAGAAGAACUCAGCCACGGUUUCCUCCCACCCCUGAUCCCCAACAAGCCCGCCACCUUUGCCAACAACCUCCGCGCAUAUGUUGGCGAGUACACCGACCCCUUGUUUGGCACGUUUGUUGUUGAGCUUGAGGAUAAGAUGGAUUCCAAGACAGGCAAGAAGAAGGAGGUGUUGACGUACAAGUAUAACGACUUCAGGAGCGUCUUGGAGCAUUACCAUUACGACGCGUUUGUGGUCACGAUGGACGAUCCUUUGAUCAAGUUCCGGGCCUUGAUGACGUUCUCGGUGGAUCCGGUUAAAGGCGAGAAGGGUGGCGAUAAGAAGAAGAGACCGAUUGUGAGGAUGCAGAUCCAGGAGCUGCCUGCUGGAGUGGGCAUCUCAAAGAAGAUCUUCAAGAAGCGUCAUUAG